AUGGCCAGGAUUCCUGGAGUUGGAAGAUCUUCAGCUUCGCCAUCUCUGGAGAACAAGGAAGACAAUGAAAGUGACGUGGCCCUUCUUAGUCCCAAGGACCCUGACAGGUACCGAAUGUACAAAGAGCCAAUCAACGGGCUUUCCAUCACUCAUUACGAUUUCUCUGCCCCUAAUUACCUCGAUGUUUAUAACAAUAAAGCUGCAGUGUUGAAAUAUGAAAACAAUGUCAUGAACAUCAGGCAGUUUAACUGUUCUCCACACCCUUACUGGCUCCCAAAUUUCAUGGAUGUUUUCACGUGGUCUUUGCCUUUCGUUGGAGAAAAAGUCACAGAGAUGCUGGUCAAUAUUCUCAACAUAUGCUCUGACGAUGAACUGGUUUCAGAUGAUGAAGCAGAAGGCACUUCCGUUCGAAAAGAGAUCAUCAAGAAUAAAAUCAGAGCCAUUGGGAAAAUGGCACGGGUCUUUUCGGUUCUUCGGGAGGAGAGUGAGAGUGUGCUGACCCUCAAGGGCCUCACUCCCACAGGUACACUCCCCUUGGGGGUCCUCUCUGGAGGGAAGCAGACCAUUGAGACUGCCACAGUACAAGCGGUAGAGGCUCGGGAAGCCAUCAGAGGGUAUCCAGCCAAGAUCCGGAGUUUUGAAGAAGCCCGAGGUCUAGACCGAAUUAAUGAGAGAAUGCCACCCCGAAGAGAGGGUGGGCAUCCUGAUGGGCCAGUGAAGAUGGUACACUCACACGCUGCACGAAGGGGCGACCAUGGAAAGAAAGCCCUGAAAUGACUCAGAGCCCGUGCAGCACAGAGGAGUCCCCACCCUGCGAUCAAAUCGCAUUUAUUUAUUAUUGGAAAUGAAACAGAAACAACUCAAACAGCUUAAACGUGGAGGUGCAUUGUAAUUCAGUCGGGUUUAUUCUGUAAGAAAGGUGACCAUUUUAUAAAUUCUUUAAUUUAUGUUCAAUAUAUAUAUAUAAAGUACUUCUGUUUUCUUCCCA